GGACGCCGCUGCCCUGCAAUUGAGGGCAGCUGAGGCUGCAGCAGGCAACACUGUAACUAGUGCCCUGGCUGCUUGUCAGGGACCACAGGGCAGCGAGUAGCCGCAGGCGAACUGCAAAUACAGGGCAGCGGAGGAAGGAAACUUUAGAGAAGUCACUGCGCUGCCCGGUGGCUGAGGGGAUUUGUACUGCGGGACGAGCUGGGGCUGUAGGGGAGCUGAACUGCAAACCGCCCGGGCCAACCGGGGCUAGCGCAUUUGCAAGGGGACGCAAAGUGGUAGCUGCCGUGUAGGCGGGAGUUUGAAGAAGGGGGGCAAGUUAGUCUCUGAGCAGCAACUUGUGCGGGAGUCUGCCUUGCGCUUCAGCGGCUCCCCCCAGCCCCUCCAAUUCUCGGGCUGGAGAUGGAGGAGGAAGAGGCGGCGCAGGAAGAAAGUUUCUCAGAGGAGGAGAGGGUCCAGUUUGUGGGGCACCGCUUGGCACAGUUGCUGAAAUUUCAAGCAGAGAAAUGGAGCAAGUAUCUUGAAAAUGAGGAGAACCAGAAAAUCCUGGCAGAGUUUUUGGACAAAAGCGAACCAGCUUUCUUGCUGUUUUGCUCCCCUCUGGCAGGCAGGUUAACAGCCAUGCAGAAGAUACCCAGUGAUAUAACACAUAAAUUAGUUUGCAUUAUGAAGACCACAGAACGCAUUGGAACAGAUAAUUACAAAAAAAAUCUAGUAUUUGAAGAGUUGUCUGCAACACCACUUGAGCAUACAGUUGAUUUCUUAGAAGAGAUCUUAGUGCCUGUUCUUUCCAAUAAGAAAAACCAUGGAUCCUGGCCACAUUUUAUUUCACAAGACAUGGAACAUCAUGUGGAAAUUAUGAAAAAUAAGGUGCAUGUUAUGAAGGGAAUGAUGUCAGGAAGAACCCUUCUUCCCAUUCCAACAGUUGCAGCGAAGGCUGACUUGCAUCAGAUGUGCACUGAAAAUAAACAAUAUCCAUAUGCUAGGGCAGUGCUACAUGCAGUUGAAUCUAUGGUUAUUAAAUGGUCGCAUCAGAUAUGUGACAUACUAAGAGAGGAUUCUGUUCAACCUCUUCUGCAAGGCCUCCAUUCGGAUCCCCAAAUUGAGCUCAACUUCUGGAAGAAAAGAAAAGAUAAUUUGUUGUGCAUAUAUGAUCAACUUCAGUCUCCUGUUGUUCAAAAAAUGGUUAAGAUCUUAAAAGCCAAAGAGAGCAGCUAUUAUCCUACUUCUCAGAACAUUUUGAAGGACGUAGAAAAUGCACUUAUGGAAGCCCAAGAUAUUGAACUGUACCUGAGACCCCUGAGAAGACACAUUCGGUUUCUUAAGGAGACAGAAUUCCCCAAGAUCCAGGCUUUAAUUCCCCCUUUGUUUCACACCAUCUGCCUAAUCUGGAGUCACUCCCAGUUUUACAGCGUGCCUGCACGAAUAAUAGUUCUACUUCAAGAGUUCUGCAAUCUGUUCAUUGACCAGGCUAGAUCAUACCUCUCCCCACAAGAUCUUUUGAAAGGAGAAAUUGAAGAAACAUUAGAACAUGUGCAAAUAGCUGUACAUACCUUAAGGAGCUUUAAGAAUUUCUUCUUUAGCCACAGAGAGAAGUUGGCAAGUUACUUCACCAAUGGCAAGGAAUUUAAACCAUGGGAUUUCCAAUCUAAUAUGGUCUUUGCCAGAUUUGACCUAUUUCUCAACCGUGUAGUGAAAAUUGAGGAUAUCUUUGUUAUCAUGUUGGAAUUUCAAAAGCUGGAAAAGCUGGAGUUUGGUGGAGUCAAGGGGAAAACUUUGAGUGAACAAAUCUACAGGAUGAAUGAAGAAUUUAUAGAAAGCUGUAAAGUUUUUAAGGAGAAAACAUACGAUCCUUCAGAUUACAAUAAUAUGGAAUUUGAAGAUCACUAUGUUGAGUUUAAAGCAAAAAUCCUGGAUUUUGACAGACGUCUUGGGUCAAUCCUUUGUGUAGGAUUUCUUGACUGUUCUGGUUUAGAAUCAGCAUUCAAGCUUUUAGCCAUCUUUGGCUAUUUUCUAGAGAAACCUGUUAUCGUGGAGAUUUUUAGCCCAAAUUACAACAUCUUACUGCAAAUGUUUGAUGAAGAGCUGAACAAUUGCAGACAGUUGUAUGAAGAGCACAUUAGGCAGGUGGAAGAGGGGAAUGAAAUAAUAAACAAAAAUAUGCCAUUUACUUCAGGAAACCUUAAAUGGUCCAAAGCACUUCGAGAACGAAUACAGACAUUCUGGUCAAACUUCUCAUAUCUGUCUCACCGAAUCCUGGAAGGUCCUGAGAUGGCUUCAGUUUAUCAGAAAUAUAUAGAGAUGUUGAAUUUAAUUGACCAGUAUGAAGAGCAGAUCUACUGUGAAUGGAAAUCUCAGGUGGAUGAAGUUUGUCAAUUUAAUUUAGAUCAACCACUAAUUAAACGCAAUCCUGAAAAUGGUCUCCUAAGUGUGAAUUUUGACUCUAAGCUAGUGGCUUUGUUGAGAGAGGUGACAUAUCUCCUGAUGUUGAAUCGAUCUGAUAUUCCAGAUUCUGCGUUAGCAAUAUAUGAGAAAAGGAAAAAUUUUGCUAAGUAUAUUGGAAACCUUGAACUCAUUGUUCAGUGGUACAACAAACUUAAACAAACUGUUCUGGAGGUUGAAUAUCCUCUGAUUGAAAUUGAGCUGAGAGCCAUUGAUGAUCAGUUAAGAGAAGCAGAAGAAGUGUUCACGUGGCAGAAAGAGAAUUGCUGGAGAUAUAUUGAACAAGUGAAAGCUACAGUGUAUGACUUGGAGCAGAGAGUUCAACAGUCAAAGGAGAAUAUUAAAACAAUUCAGCAGAUUAUGAAUGCAUGGGCAGAACACACACUCUUAGCCAGGAAAGAUAAUAGGAAAGAUGCUUUGUUAAGUCUGGAGGAUAAAGAAGAUAGACUUGCUAAGAAAUAUAAGUUACUAAAAGAGGAUGGCUACAGGAUUCAUCAGCUUGCUGAGGAAAACUUAAAGCUCUUCAAAGCAGAUUUUUCCUCAGACUCUUGGAAGAUUUAUAUAGAGUACAUUGAUGACAUUAUAGUUGAUGGUUUCUUUAAUACAAUAAUGCACAAUUUAGACUUCUUCUUGAAGAACACAGAGAAAGGUUUGAAGCCUGCUCCAUUUUUUCAGGCACAAAUGAUCCUUAGCGCAUCAGAGAUCGAAUUUAAACCUUCACUUGAUAAGGAGGCUGGAGAUGGCUUUUAUGACCUAGUAGAAGAACUUUUGAGCAAUGUUUUCAAAAUGUCUGCCCAGGUGAAAAGAGUAGCAGCACACUUGGAAGUAGAAAAUUACCAGAGCGAUAUGGACAACAUGUUAGAUCUAUCUGAGAUCAGGCAGGAGAUUAUGGACAGAGUGGCAGAUGUUAUCAGGAAAGCCCUGGACUACAGAAAUUCUCUGGACACCUACGCUUAUCUCUGGGUCGAUGACCGGGCUGAGUUUAUGAAGCAGUUUCUGCUGUAUGGUCAUGUUUUAACUUCCGAAGAGAGAGAAGCUCAUGCCGAUGAGGGAGUGCCUGAACAGCCGCCUACUACUGAGCAGUUUAAACAACAGAUUGACAUCUAUGAGAAUCUUUACAUUCAGAUGAGCAAGUUUGAAGACUUCAGAACAUUUGAAAGCUGGUUUAAGGUGGAUGUGAAACCUUUCAGAAUGAGUUUGUUAAACAUUAUUAAGAAAUGGAGCUGGAUGUUCAAGGAACAUCUUUUGAGAUUUGUCAUUGACAGUCUGACUGACUUAGAAGAGUUCAUAAAAGUGACAGAUGCUGGACUCCAAAAAGAAGUGAAUGAAAGAGAUUAUAAUGGACUAGUAGAAAUCAUGGGGCAUCUCCUGGCUGUAAGAGACAGACAGGCAUCUACUGAUGAGCUCUUUGAACCUCUAAAAGAGACUAUUACACUGUUGGAAAGCUAUGGACAGAAGAUGUCAGACCAAGUUUAUGUCCAGUUAGAGGAGUUGCCUGAAAAAUGGAAUACCACCAAAAAAAUUGCUGCAUCCAGAAAGCAUGAAGUUGCUCCUCUUCAGACUUCUGAGGUCACACUAAUCAGAAAAAAAUGUGCUUCGUUUGAUGGGAAGCAGAUAGAAUUCAGAGAAAGAUUUAGAGUGGAAGCUCCCUUUUACUUUGAUGCAAAAAAUCCAUAUGUACGUCUAGAUAAGGAAAAUCGAGAGCUUGAGGCAUUGGAAGAAGAAAUUGUACAAAUGCAGAAAUAUGCAAAUCUUUUUGAAGUGGUUGUUCCAGAUUACAAACAAAUAAAACAGUGUCGCAAAGAAAUACGGUUGCUCAAGGAAGUGUGGGAUACUAAUAUUUAUGUUACAAGCAACAUUGAUGAUUGGACUAAAACCCAGUGGAGACAGAUUAAUGUGGAACAGAUGGAUGCAGAGCUCAGAAGCUUUGCCAAGGAAGUGUGUUCAUUGGACAAGGAAAUUCACUCCUGGGAUGUAUACAUAGGUCUGGAGUUAACAGUGAAGAACCUAAUGACAUCACUGAGGGCAGUAUCAGAAUUGCAGAAUCCUGCAAUAAGAGAGAGACAUUGGCACCAACUCAUGAAUGCAACAGGUGUCAGAUUGUCAAUAACUGAAGGCACAACCUUAGCAGACUUGCUGGGACUACAGCUGCAUAAGGUGGAAGAUGAAGUGCGAAGCAUUGUUGACAAAGCAGUGAAAGAGCUGAGCACUGAGAAGAUUCUUACAGAGAUCAGCCAAACAUGGGCUAACAUGGAGUUCUGCUAUGAAGAGCAUCACAGAACCAGAACUCCAUUAUUAAAAUCUGAUGAACAGCUUUUUGAAACUUUAGAGAACAACCAGGUUCAGUUGCAAACAAUUCUGCAAAGUAAGUAUGUAGAAUAUUUCAUUGAACAAGUCACAAGCUGGCAAAGGACAUUGAAUGUGGCAGACUCAGUCAUUGUCAUUUGGAUGGAAGUUCAACGCACAUGGUCUCAUCAAGAAAGCAUCUUCCUUGGCUCUGAAGAUAUCAGAACCCAGCUGCCUGAAGACGCUAAAAGAUUUGAUGAAGUUGAUGCAGACUUCAAAGAAUUAAUGAUUGAGACAGCGAAUACAAAAAAUGUGCUAGAAGCAGCAACCAAACCAAAUCUAUAUGAAAAACUUGAAAGUCUGCAACACAGGCUUUCUCUUUGUGAAAAAGCUCUUGCUGAGUAUUUAGAAACCAAACGCUUAGCUUUUCCUCGGUUCUAUUUUGUUUCUUCAGCUGAUUUACUUGACAUCCUCUCAAAAGGAACACAGCCAAGACAGGUGACCCGUCAUCUUACCAAACUUUUUGACAACAUUGCUGAUCUUCAAUUUCAAGAUAAUAAAGAGAAAUCUGCACAUAUUGCACAGGGGAUGUACAGCAAAGAAAAGGAAUAUGUUCCAUUCCAUGCAGAAUGUGAAUGCGUUGGUCAGGUGGAGACCUGGUUACAACAACUUGAAGAAACCAUGUGUAAAACAGUGCAUCAUCAUAUCAUGCAGGCUAUAGCUGCCUAUGAAGAAAAGCCCAGAGAGCAAUGGAUUUUUGACUACCCAGCUCAAGUUUCACUUACCAGCUCACAAAUCUGGUGGACAACAGAUGUAGGAAUAGCAUUCAACAGGCUGGAGGAGGGAUUUGAAAUGGCCCUGAAGGAUUACAAUAAAAAACAGAUUGCUCAGCUAAACGCUCUCAUUGCUUUGUUGCUGGGAGAACUUGCCUCAGGUGACAGACAGAAGAUCAUGACCAUUUGCACUAUAGAUGUUCAUGCUCGAGAUGUGGUGGCAAAACUUGUUGCUCAAAAGGUCACUAGUUCCCAAGCUUUUGCUUGGCUGUCACAACUACGCCAUAGAUGGGAUGAGGCCCAGAAACACUGCCUUGCCAACAUUUGCGAUGCUCAAUUCCAGUACUUUUAUGAGUAUUUGGGAAAUACCUCUCGUCUAGUUAUUACACCUCUGACUGACAGGUGUUACAUUACUCUAACACAGUCUCUACACCUGACAAUGAGUGGGGCUCCUGCAGGGCCAGCUGGCACAGGCAAAACAGAGACCACCAAAGACCUGGGCCGUGCCCUUGGUAUGAUGGUCUAUGUCUUCAACUGUUCUGAACAGAUGGACUAUAAGUCCAUAGGAAACAUCUAUAAAGGUCUGGUCCAGACAGGUGCUUGGGGAUGCUUUGAUGAGUUUAAUCGAAUUUCAGUAGAAGUCCUAUCAGUGGUGGCAGUGCAAGUAAAGACCAUACACGAUGCCAUUAGAAAUAAGAGGAAAAAAUUUUUAUUCCUUGGAGAAAACAUUACACUGAAACCGUCAGUUGGGAUAUUUAUUACCAUGAACCCAGGAUAUGCUGGUCGAACAGAACUACCCGAAAAUCUCAAAGCUCUAUUCAGACCCUGUGCUAUGGUUGUCCCUGACAUUGAACUGAUCUGUGAAAUUAUGUUGGUUGCUGAGGGAUUUAUUGAUGCACGCUUGUUAGCCAAGAAGUUUACUACCUUGUAUACUCUCUGCAGGAAGCUGCUUUCUAAACAGUAUCAUUAUGAUUGGGGACUUCGUGCUGUUAAGUCAGUCUUGGUGGUUGCUGGCUCAUUGAAGCGAGGAGAUAAGAACAGACCUGAGGAUCAGGUACUUAUGCGAACCUUAAGAGACUUCAACUUGCCUAAAAUAGUGACAGAUGAUAUCCCAAUUUUCAUGGGCCUGAUCAGUGACCUGUUUCCAGCUCUGGAUGUUCCGAGGAAGAGGGACCUGCAAUUUGAACAGAUGGUUAAACAAUCUACCCUGGAGCUUCACUUGCAACCUGAGGAGAGCUUUAUGCUCAAAGUUGUUCAGCUGGAGGAGCUUCUGGCAGUGUGUCACUCUGUCUUUGUGGUGGGAAAUGCAGGCACAGGAAAGAGCACGGUUCUGAGAACUCUGAACCGAACAUAUGUGAACAUGAAAGAAAAGCUUGUGUGGAAUGACCUAAACCCAAAAGCUGUGACCACUGACGAGCUGUUUGGUUUUAUACAUCAUGCAACCCGGGAAUGGAAAGAUGGUCUCUUCUCAUCUCUUCUAAGAGAGCAGGCUAAUAUUAUCCAGGAUGGGCCAAAAUGGAUCGUCCUAGAUGGAGAUAUAGAUCCUAUGUGGACUGAGUCACUCAAUACUGUCAUGGAUGAUAAUAAGGUCCUGACCCUUGCCAGCAAUGAACGUGUCCCUCUGACUCCAUCGAUGAGGCUGCUGUUUGAGAUACACCAUUUAAAAACUGCUACCCCAGCUACAGUGUCUAGAGCAGGUAUUCUUUAUGUAAACCCCCAGGAUCUUGGUUGGAAUCCGUAUGUUGCCAGUUGGAUAGAAACAAGAAAUCACCAAUCUGAAAAAGCUAAUUUAACUAUCCUCUUUGAUAAAUAUGUGCCUCCCUGCUUAGAUCAGCUCAGAACAAGCUUUAAAACUAUCACCCCUAUUCCUGAGAAUAGCAUGGUGCAGACCCUUUGUUCUUUGUUGGAUUGUUUGCUGACCCCUGAAAAUGUGCCUCCUGACUGCCCAAGAGAGCUCUAUGAGAUAUACUUUGUCUUUGCCUGUGUUUGGGCGUUUGGUGGUGCACUCUUUCGAGAUCAGCUUUCAAAUUAUCAAACUGAAUUCAGCUGCUGGUGGCUCAAGGAGAUGAAAGCGGUGAAGUUUCCAUCCCAGGGUACAAUUUUUGAUUAUUAUCUUGACCCAAAGACUAGGAAAUUCUUGCCCUGGACUGAUAAAGUUCCAAAAUUUGAUAUGGAUCCAGAAACACCUUUACAGGCAGUCCUUGUUCACACAUCUGAGACCACACGUCUUAGAUACUUUACUGAUUUGCUGCUGGAGAAAGGCAAACCAGUCAUGCUUGUUGGAAAUGCAGGAGUAGGAAAAACAGUAUUUGUAGGGGAUACUACGUCAUCGGAGCUACAAAAGAUUCUUGAGAAAAGCCUAGAGAAAAAAGCUGGCCGUAACUAUGGUCCUGUAGGAAACAAGAAGUUGAUUUAUUUUAUUGAUGAUAUGAACAUGCCUGAAAUGGAUGUGUAUGGAACAGUUCAACCUCACACACUGAUUCGACAGCACAUAGACUAUGGACAUUGGUAUGAUAGGCAGAAGUUAACGGUAAAAGAAAUACAUAAUUGCCAAUAUGUUGCUUGUAUGAAUCCAACUGCUGGCAGUUUCACUAUCAACCCUCGACUCCAGAGACAUUUCACAGUGUUUGCUCUGAACUUCCCAUCUGCUGAUGCCCUGAACACCAUCUAUAGCAAGAUCCUUGGUUUCCACUUCCAGAGGCAUGUUUUUAAUCCAUCAGUGUUAAAGAAUGCUCCAGCCAUGAUUCAAGGAGCAAUAUGGCUUCAUCAAACUAUGGUUCAGAACUUUCUACCAACCGCGGUUAAAUUCCACUACAUCUUUAACCUAAGAGACCUCUCAAACAUCUUCCAGGGAAUUUUAUUUGCUACACCUGAGUGUUUAAGGCAACCAACCGAUCUUGUUCGUCUUUGGCUUCAUGAGUCUUCACGUGUUUAUGGAGAUAAACUGGUAGAACCAAAAGACUGUCAUUUCUUUCAUAAAAAGCUGAUAGACACUGCACACAAGUAUUUUGAGGGUGUGGAAGAUCACAUUCUGCUCCAGCACCCGCUCAUUUAUUGCCAUUUUGCAAAUGGGGUAGCCGACCCUCGCUACAUGCCUGUCAAGGAAUGGAAAAUACUGAGGAAGAUACUUACAGAGACGCUAGAAAGCUACAAUGAGCUUAAUGCUUCUAUGAACUUAGUUUUAUUUGAGGAUGCCAUGCAGCAUGUAUGCCGCAUUAGUCGUAUCUUGGAAGCCCCUCGGGGUUAUGCACUUCUUAUUGGAGUAGGCGGUAGUGGAAAACAAAGCUUAUCUAGGCUGGCAGCAUACAUCAGCUCCCUUGACAUGUUCCAGAUCAUGCUGAAGAAAGGCUAUGGGAUCCAGGACCUAAGGGUAGAUCUUGCCAAUUUGUACAUCAAGACUGGAGCCAAGAGCAUGCCCACUGUGGUUUUGCUGACAGAUGCCCAUGUUGCAGAUGAGCGCUUUCUUGUGCUGAUUAAUGACUUGUUGGCAUCAGGAGAAGUUCCAGAUCUAUUCAGCAAUGAAGAUAUGGAUGGCAUUAUUACAGGAAUUAGGAAUGAAGUCCGAAGCCUGGGUCUGACUGACACCAAAGAAAAUUGUUGGAGAUUCUUUUUGGACAGAAUACGACUACAACUAAAAAUCAUUUUGUGUUUCUCUCCAGUUGGUUCCACGCUGAGAGUUAGAGCUCGGAAGUUCCCAGCCAUAGUUAACUGCACAGCUAUUGACUGGUUUCAUGAGUGGCCGCAGGAGGCCCUGUAUUCCGUCAGCAGGAGGUUCAUUGAGGAGACGGAGGUGAUUGAGCCACGUGUUCAGGAUUCCAUUUGCCUUUUUAUGGCCUAUGCUCACACCAGUGUCAAUGAGAUGAGUGAAAAAUAUUAUCAGAACGAGAGGCGGUACAAUUACACCACUCCAAAAAGUUUCCUGGAGCAAAUCUCACUUUAUAAGGUCCUGCUGGAGAAGAAAUACAAGGAGAUGUCCAAGCGCAUGGAACAUCUGGUGAAUGGCAUUCAGAAGUUAAAAACAACAGCUUCUCAGGUAGAAGACCUGAAAUCCAAACUAGCCUCUCAAGAGGCAAAACUACAACUGAGAAAUCAAGAUGCUGAAGCUUUGAUUACUAAGAUAGGGCUUCAGACCGAGCAAGUGAGCCAGGAAAGAGCCACUGCUGAUGCAGAGGAGCGAAAGGUAGUGGCAAUCCAAACAGAAGUAUCUCUGAAGCAGAGAGAAUGUGAAGAUGACUUGUUGAAAACUGAACCUGCUCUAGUGGCUGCUACAGCAGCUUUAAAUACACUUAAUAAGAUUAAUCUCACUGAAUUGAAAGCCUUCCCCAACCCACCAACUGCAGUAACUAAUGUUACUGCUGCAGUCAUGGUAUUACUGGCUUAUAACGGCAAAGUGCCCAAAGACCGAAGUUGGAAAGCUGCUAAAGUCUUCAUGGGAAAGGUUGAUGACUUCCUACAAGCUUUAAUUAGUUAUGAUAAGGAGCAUAUUCCUAAGAACUGUCUGAAAGUGGUCAAAGAGUAUUACUUGAAAGAUCCAGAAUUCAACCCAAAUUUGGUCCGCACAAAGUCCUUUGCAGCAGCUGGUCUCUGUGCCUGGGUUAUCAACAUAGUAAAAUUCUAUGAGGUGUAUUGUGAAGUGGAGCCAAAACGUCAUGCACUGGCCCAGGCAAAUGUCGAACUAGCAGCAGCCACUGAAAAGCUAGAAGCAAUUAGGAAAAAGCUUGUUGAUCUGGAUAGCAAUCUGUGCAGACUCACAGCAUCAUUUGAAAAAGCAAUAGCAGAAAAAGUCCAAUGUCAAGAAGAUGUGAACCGAACCAACAAAACAAUUGAGCUGGCUAACAGACUUGUCAAGGGACUUCAGGCUGAAAAAAUUCGUUGGAGACAGUCUAUUAAACAUUUUGAAGCUCAAGAAAAGACACUGUGUGGUGACGUCCUGUUAAUGGCAGCUUUUGUGUCCUACGUUGGAUCUUUUACAAAACAAUAUCGUCAGGAACUGGUGGAACAUAUGUGGAUUCCUUUCCUUAAAUCACAAAAGGUUCCUAUUCCAAUAACUGAAGGCCUGGACCUGAUUGCCAUGUUGACUGAUGAUGCUACGAUUGCAGCAUGGAAUAACGAAGGACUGCCCGGUGAUAGAAUGUCAACAGAAAAUGCCACUAUUCUAACAAACUGUGAGCGCUGGCCUCUGAUGAUAGAUCCCCAGCAACAGGGAAUUAAAUGGAUAAAGAAUAAAUAUGGAACUGACCUUAAAGUCAUACGUCUAGGGCAGAAAGGGUUUCUGAAGACCAUUGAAAGAGCGUUGGCCUGUGGAGACACCAUCCUAAUUGAAAACUUGAAUGAAACAGUAGACCCAGUACUUGAUCCCUUACUUGGAGGAAACACAAUUAAAAAAGGGAAGUAUAUCAAGAUUGAAGACAAAGAAUGUGAGUUCAACAAGAAUUUCCGUCUGAUCCUUCACACGAAGCUUGCUAACCCUCACUAUCAGCCAGAAUUACAGGCUCAGACCACCCUCAUUAAUUUCACUGUCACAAGGGAUGGGCUAGAAGAGCAGCUGUUGGCUGAGGUUGUUAGUGUUGAAAGACCUGACUUAGAAAAACUUAAGUCUCUCAUGACCAAGCAGCAGAAUGAUUUCAAGAUUGAGCUGAAGCACCUGGAGGAUGAUCUUUUGCUUCGUCUGUCAGCUGCUGAGAGUAGUUUCUUGGGUGACAUGGAACUGGUAGAGAAACUUGAAUCAACAAAGUCGACAGCGGCAGAAAUAGAGCACAAGGUAGCUGAAGCAAAAAAGAAUGAAGUUAAAAUUAAUGAGGCCCGAGAGUAUUACAGACCAGCAGCUUUGAGAGCGUCUCUUCUUUACUUUGUUGUUAAUGAUCUGGGCAAAAUCAACCCCAUCUAUCAGUUCUCACUGAAGGCCUUCAACACAGUCUUCCAUAAAGCAAUUGAUCGGGCUGAAGCAUCAGAGGAUCUGCAGGGUCGCAUCACCAACCUGAUAGAAGCUAUUACAUACUCUGCCUUCCUUUACACCAGUCAGGGACUUUUUGAAAAGGAUAAACUCACCUUCCUAGCCCAGACAACGUUUCAGAUUCUGCUGAGAAGUAAAGAGAUAGAACUCCUUGAAUUGGAUUUCCUGCUUCGAUUCACAGUCGAACACACACUCAAGAGUCCGGUUGACUUUUUGACUCCUCAGUCAUGGAGUGCCAUUAAAGCCAUUGCUCUAAUGGAUGAGUUCCGAGGGUUAGACAGAGAUAUCGAAGGGUCUGCUAAAAGAUGGAAGAAAUGGGUGGACUCAGAAUGCCCAGAAAAGGAAAAGUUUCCACAGGAAUGGAAAAACAAAAGCUCUCUUCAGAAACUUAUCAUACUGAGGGCACUGCGCCCAGAUAGAAUGACCUAUGCUCUUAGAAACUUUGUGGAGGAAAAACUAGGUUCCAAGUAUGUGGAGAGCACCAGGAUGGACUUAGCAAAAUCAUAUGAAGAGAGCAGUCCAGCGACUCCAGUGUUUUUCAUCCUCUUCCCUGGAGUAGACCCUCUUAAAGAUAUGGAGACACUUGGAAAAAAACUUGGGUUUACUAUCGACUCUGGAAAAUUCCAUAAUAUCUCUUUAGGACAAGGUCAAGAGAUGGUGGCAGAAGAGGCACUAGAGGAGGCUGCUACACAUGGGCAUUGGGUCAUUCUCCAAAACGUUCAUCUAGUAGCCAAAUGGUUGGGGACCUUGGAGCAACUCCUUGAACAAUACAGCAAAGGAAGCCACUCGGAUUUCCGAGUCUUUAUGAGUGCUGAACCAGCUCCAACCCCAGAAGAACAUAUCAUCCCUCAAGGAAUUCUAGAAAACUCAAUUAAAAUUACCAGUGAACCCCCUACUGGGGUGCUGGCUAAUUUGCAUGCUGCCCUCUAUAACUUUGACCAGGAUACACUUGAAUUGUGCACCAGGGAGACGGAGUUUAAAAGCAUACUCUUUUCUCUGUGCUACUUUCAUACUUGUGUGGCUGGGAGGCUCAAGUUUGGACCACAAGGCUGGAAUCGAAGAUAUCCUUUCAAUACUGGAGAUCUCACCAUUUGUGUCAAUGUCCUCUACAACUAUUUAGAGGCACACACUAAAGUUCCAUGGGAAGAUUUUCGUUAUCUCUUUGGUGAGAUUAUGUAUGGUGGACACAUCACUGAUGACUGGGACCGCAAGCUGUGUCAUAUGUAUUUAGAGGAAUUCAUGAGCCCAGCUAUGCUUGAAGGAGAACUGGCAUUGGCACCAGGGUUCCUAGCACCCCCAAAUUUGGAUUAUGCUGGAUACCAUAAGUACAUAGAUGAAAUGCUUCCAGCUGAAAGCCCAGUGUUAUAUGGACUCCAUCCCAAUGCUGAGAUACAAUUCUUGACAGUGACAUCAGAGAAUCUUUUCAAAACUCUUUUGGAAAUGCAGCCCAGGAAUUUACUUGUGGGAGAGGAAUCAGGACAGUCUGCAGAGGAAAAGGUUAAGGAUGUCCUGGAUGAUAUUCUGGAGAAACUUCCCGAAGAAUUUAACGUGACAGAGAUCAUGCAGAGGGCCGCUGUUCGGAACCCCUAUGUCCUUGUUUGUUUCCAAGAGUGUGAGAGAAUGAACCUCCUAAUUCGGGCAAUACGCAAAUCACUUAAACAACUGGACCUUGGUUUAAAGGGGGAGCUGACAUUUUCGCCUGACAUGGAUGCGCAGCAGUCAGCAUUGCUUUAUGAUAUUGUGCCAGAUGCGUGGACCAAGCUGGCUUAUCCAUCCACCUAUGGCCUUGCACAAUGGAUUAAUGACCUCCUCAUGCGGUGUCGAGAACUUGAUAUCUGGACACAAGAUCUUGUGCUUCCAGCAGUGGUGUGGCUCUCUGGAUUCUUUAACCCUCAGUCUUUUUUGACUGCUAUUAUGCAGUGCACGGCGCGAAAGAAUGACUGGCCUUUGGAUAAGAUGUGUCUGACUGUAGAGGUUACCAAAAAGAUCAGAGAAGAUUAUGGCCACCCACCUAGGGAAGGAGCAUAUAUUUGUGGUCUUUAUAUGGAAGGAGCACGCUGGGACAUCCAGGCAGGGGUCAUAGCUGAAGCCCAGCUCCAGGAUCUGACUCCAGCAAUGCCAGUCAUCUUUGUAAGAGCUAUUCCAAUUGAUCGACAGGAAACCAAAAAUAUAUAUGAAUGUCCAGUAUAUAAAACUAAAAACAGAGGGCCCACAUAUGUUUGGACUUUCAAUCUGAAGAGCAAGCACAAGUCAGCUAAGUGGGUGCUUGCAGGAGUAGCCUUACUCUUGGCAGUUUAAUGCUGUGCUGUCACACAGCAUGUAGACAAAGUGUACAUAACAGCUGACUGUGAGAAAAACCUUUGUCUAGCUGCACUACAUCCUACUGUGUGAAGAGUUAUGAUACUCAAAUGUUGUACACCUCCUCCAAACAU